AUGGAAAGUAGUUUUAAAAAAUUAUUUGAUGAACUAGGAGGAAUGACUUCUUCACAAUUUGAAAUUACUGAUAAAGCUGAAGAAUCAACUAAAAUACUACUUGAUUUUAUUGCUAAAACUGAAACUGUAGAAAAAUUAUUUCACUAUAUCGAAAUUCAUCGAGUUAUAUAUGAUAUAUUAUAUCCAAUGACUAUGACAUUAAGUUCUAAACAAAACCAAUAUGAAAAAAGUGAAUUACUUAAAAAGGUUUUAAAAAUUAUUUAUGCUUACAUCAAAUCACUUCAUAAAAUUGAUUUUACUAAUGGGGUGUUAAGUUUUAAUAAUAAACCUCUUUUCCCACAACAAGUAUUUUCAACGUUUAGUAUUAUUAUAUCAACUGAAAUUGGCUCAAUUUCUAUAAUACCAAGAAAUAGUGAAAUUGUAUUUAACAUAAUUGAACAUAUAGUAUUACACACAACACCAUCAGUAUUGAGCAAUAUAAUACAAACAAAUAUCUUAAAUAUUGUUUCAAUUAUUCUUUCAUCUGAUAAGUUAAAAAAUGAAUUAAGAGAAAGUGCAUUAUCACUAUUAAUUUCUUGUUGUUAUUUAUGUUUUGAUUCAUUUGUUGAGCCAAUAGGAAUAAAUAAAAAACAUUCUUCAUCAAAACUUGCUCUUCUUCUUGACCAAGAGAAAAAAAGAAAACACGAACUUGAUACUAAACUUAAUAAAAGGAGUGUACGGUUUCAAGUAAAUUCUAGUAAACUUGGAUCUUCUCAACCUUUACUUCAAGUACCAAAUACACAAAUAGCAAUAGGAGAAAAAGUUUAUAAUUCAAAAACAAUGAAAGGAGUCUCAAGUUCAUUAAAUUAUGAAGUUUCUAAAAUACUACUUUCUAUUAUUGAAAAGAAUUCAAAGAAGAUAACAAACAUCCUCUUCAAAACAGAUGACUCAAACUUAAAAGAACGAAGUUUUAUUAUUGUUGGAAUUAUAUUAAAAUUAGAUAAAGAAUUAAAACAAAUUCAAUAUUAUGAUGUCCAAUAUGCUAAUAGUAUUCUUGAAUCUAUUUCUUUUUGGUAUGGUAAUAAUGAUUGUCGUUGCUUAGAUUAUUUAACUGUUAGAAUUUGUUUAUGGGUUCUAUAUCAACUUUUAUGUCAAAUAAAAACAAUAAUUGAAAUGGAAAUGAUUCGGAUUAAUGAAACACUAACAAUUAAUGGCAAAACGUUAUAUGAAGACAUUUUAAAUUGUGGAAUCUUUGAUACUUAUCAAAACAUUAUUCAAAACUUUAUUCCUGAUAAAGCACCAAAUGAUAUUUUAACAAAAACAUUCUAUGGAAUUAAAAAAUGUUUUGAGCUUAAUACAUUAUGUGGGUUCGAAGAAACUAGAAACUCAGAUUUUUUACAGUCUUUAUGUUUCGAAAAGUGUUGUAAUACAAUGACUUAUUUCUUUUCUUGUUUGAUGGUUGAUGAAUUUACAGAUACUAAUUGUGUUGAAAUCACUCGUCUUAUAUUUGAAAAGAUGAGAGAAGAAAAUGAAGUUCCUUGCUUUUACAGAAUUGAAACACUUGACCUUUUUGUACGUGUAUUAAACCAGAAAACAAAGUAUGAAACUAAUGAUGAAGUUAAAAAAUUAUUACAUUUCAUUGACUCAGUAAUCAAAAAAUUCAAUGAUGACAUUAUUAUUAAUAAUAUAAUUCUUCUCAACUUACUCUUUCCUUCUUAUGCCAGCUUACAUUCUCAUCUUCCCUUCAGAAGAUAUUCCACAAAAAAGUUUUUCAAAGAAACUUCUAACCCUCAAUCACCAAGUAAUCACAACAAAACUCAAAUAGAUGAGAAUACUCAACAAAAAACAGAACUUCAUAAACCAAACGAAGCAAAUGAAAAUAAACUAAUAAGAAGAAGAAAAUUAGUUGAAGUAGUUGAUGAUAACGAAGAUCUUGAUGAUAUCUUUGGUGAUAAUGAAAAGGAAGAAGAAGAGAUAAUUGAUCUUGAUACUCCAACAUUUAAAAAUUCAACUACAAAAGACCCAAUGACUGAGGCUAAAACAGAAGAGUAUCAGGCAAAACGAAAACUUGAUAAUUAA